AUGGAGAGUAAAGGAACGAAACAACAGUUGGAUAAUAGAAAUAAUCGGAAAACUGUAUACAAUCCGUCAUCAGUUUAUAUCAAGAAUGGAAAAACGAUAACUGAAUUGCUUCGCUUAUCACCAGUAACUGUGUUUUUUCUUGGUUUCAUACCGCCAGUGAUUGGUGCUUUCGCAGCUAUAAUUACAGCUUUAAUUUUGCACAAUGAACAAAUUAGCAAUUACAACUGGCAAUGCGGGGCAAGCAUACACUCAUAUUCGUAA